AUGAAUGCCACUUGUCAUAUUAUAUCAUCAUCAUCAUCAUGUCUAACUCUAUUUAUAAUUUAUAUAUCUUCUACUUCUACUUCUACUUCUUUGUUGAAAGAUUAUAAGGAAAGAGAUAAUCUCGCUCUUCAUAUUAAGAUAAUCAAAAAAAUGAAUAUAAAUUAUUUAAAAAAAUCUUUACACCUUUGA